UUUGAGCUGAAAGAGAUGCAAAGACAAGAAGAGGAGGCAGCGCGAAGGCGCGGCCAUCCCGGAAGCCCAUCGCGCUCGCAGCCACCAGAGACGUUUGGUUCAGAUCCUGAUGACUUCAAUAUGACGUUGAGCAGCGUCGACAGUGGAGGAGCACCUCGAGCGGGCACACUGGGUUAG